AUGAGUGCCGGCGCGGCGCUCAUACCCACCAUCGUGGCGAAGCGACAGAUUAAGCGUGCAGCCGACUCGGGCAUCCUCGCCUCUCCCACCUUCAAGCAAUUGGUGUCGGGCUGCCUCCUUCACGGGGUGCUGGGCCUGGUGGUGCUGUCGCAGGGGGGGGAUGCAAGGGAGAGGGCAGUGUGCCGCAAUGAGACCCACAGGGCUGUGUUGUCCGCUGUGAAUCGGACCGCGAAAAGUAGCGGCACCCGCCCCACCACCACGUUUCUGGCGUUGCGGUACUCGUGGGCUGUCUCCCUGCGCAGCCCUCUCCUGGCGGGCACACGUGAGGUCGUCGGAGAGAUUCGUGAGAGCGGUCAGCUGGUCCCCUCCGCCAGUGGGCUCCUGGGGGGAGUGCUGUCGCUGCUGACCCCCGCCAACCUGACAGCUGCCGCCUACUCAGCUGCCACCAUCGCCUUGAUGGGAUGGGAGGUGUCGGCUCCGGGUUCGGUUGCCGGAGUGUUGCUGUUCACCGCCGACCCCUUCAGCCCCUCGCUGCUCUUCAUCCUGCCCAAGGACCCGAUUCAUGUGUUUUUCUGCCGUGUGCUGGGUGCAGCCACUCUUGCCAAUGCGGUGUUCAUGUUCACUGUGAAGCAGGCGGCAGAUGACGGCCGACAGGGCUCGCCAGUGUUUCGCAACAUUAACGGGGGGGUGGCCGCCUCCUCAGCCAUCACGGCCGGGGUGCUGGGAUACGGAUUGGCGACCGGUUGGGCCAGGUCCGAGCCGCCUUUCUGGGCCUUAAUCGGCGUCAUGGCCACAACUGGGCUGGUGUCCGGAUACAACUGGGCCACAGCCCCCAAGUAA